UUGGCAAAUGGCAAGUGAGAAAAAGCCAGCUUAUUUUACACCGCGUUCCUGCUUUCUCGUCUCUCUGUCUCUGUCCUCAGAGUUCAGCAUUCUCUGCUGGUGAACUUGAGCCAACAAAGAAUACAGGCAUUCAUUGGGACGAGAAGAAAAACCUUCACCAAGAAAAACGGGCUUUUUCUUCUCACCCAUGAUGGGAAUCUUCUCCAAAUUCACUAUUUUGCUUUUGUUUCUGCUGUCAUGCACUGGCUUCACUUCAACAGAAGCCUAUGAUCCACUUGACCCAAAUGGAAAUAUCACAAUCAAAUGGGAUAUAAUGAGCUGGACUGCUGAUGGCUAUGUUGCAGUUGUUACAAUGUACAACUUCCAGCAAUAUCGUCACAUUCAAGCACCAGGGUGGUCACUGGGAUGGACGUGGGCGAAGAAGGAGAUAAUAUGGAACAUUGUGGGAGGCCAAGCCACCGAGCAAGGGGAUUGUUCUAGAUUCAAAGGGAACAUCCCACAUUGCUGUAAAAAGAGCCCAACAAUUGUGGAUCUAUUGCCGGGCACACCUUACAACCAGCAGUUUGCAAAUUGUUGCAAAGGCGGUGUACUCAGUUCAUGGACGCAAGAUCCAGCUAAUGCAGCAAGUUCAUUUCAGCUCAGUGUUGGUGCUGCUGGAACCUCCAACAAAACAGUUAGAAUGCCUAAAAACUUCACUCUAAAAGCUCCGGGGCCUGGUUAUACUUGUGGAGUUGCAAAAAUUGUUAAACCUAGUAAAUUUUUUACAACAGAUAAAAGGAGGGUCACACAAGCUUUGAUGACAUGGAAUGUUACGUGCACAUAUUCACAGUUUCUUGCGCAAAAAGCUCCAACUUGUUGUGUCUCACUCUCAUCCUUCUAUAAUGACACAAUAGUGCCUUGCCCAACAUGUUCAUGUGGCUGCCAAAGUAACAUGACCCAGCCAGGGAGCUGUGUUGAGGCAAAUUCACCCCUUCUAGCUUCAGUUGUUUCAGAUCCUGGCAAGAAAAGCUAUACGCCUCUGGUUCAAUGUACGAGUCAUAUGUGCCCAAUCCGAGUCCACUGGCAUAUUAAGCUUAACUACAAGGCAUACUGGCGGGUGAAGAUCACAGUUACAAACUUCAAUUACAGGAUGAACUAUUCAGAUUGGAACCUAGUUGUUCAACAACCCAACUUCAACAAUCUGACCGAGAUUUUCAGCUUUUACUACAAGUCAUUAACUCCUUAUGGAGGAGCAAUAAAUGAUACUGCAAUGUUUUGGGGAAUUAAGUUCUACAAUGAUUUUCUUAUGCAAGCUGGCCCUCUUGGUAAUGUUCAGUCAGAGCUACUUUUUCAGAAGGAUGUGACUUUCACUUUUGAGAAGGGUUGGGCUUUCCCCAGGAGGGUGUAUUUCAACGGUGAUAACUGCGUCAUGCCGCCUCCUGAUGCCUAUCCUUGGUUGCCAAAUACUGGUUCGGCGCGACACAUCUCCUCGCUUACUCUAAUCAUGACUUUCUUGUCAGCCUUCACAUUCAUGCUCGCAUAUUCCUAAAGUGUCUAAUAUCGAAUGCGUAAAUUGUGAUCUACAGAAGUUUUCUCAAGGAUCAAAUUGACUCCAGGACCCAUGCAUCUGGGCAAUGACUUCCGGCAGCAGUUAAGUUGAGUUGGUGUCCACUUUGAUCUGUUACACUAAUAUUCUAUUGUAUUGCAUAUGGGUGGGUGAAUUCACUGCCUUUUUGUUUCUUCUAGCUCUUUUAUGUUGGUUCACCACCAAAUCACCUUGUUUCGACAAUUUUCACAUCUGUACUGUAAUUGUAAUUCUAAUAACAAGAAAUAUUUGACAAGGAUGUGGAGCUAUUUCUGGUUAUCACAAUAAUUUGUUUUUUUUGUUA